AUAACAAAUAGGGUCGUUGCCAUGUUAGUUGGUCCAAAACAUUGAGAGAGAGUGUUUCUUAACAAAGUGUGGUCAAAAUUCAAGUUAUAAAAUGCAAAGCUUGAGUGAAUAAGUGUCGUGAUUUUAGCAAAAUACGUAUUUACGAACAAAGGAAGCAGUGAAGCAAGACAGCAGUCAUUUUAUAACGGGACGUAGUUUCAACGCAUGCUCUAUGCACAGUAUCCUAGUGAUGAUUUUAUGUAGCGGCGUCGAAUAAGAAUUUUGAUUUGACGUGUUGUGUAAAGCUUUUGGUUGUAUAUCUAAUAUGAUAUUCUCUGAAUUGUGUAUCAAAGAACUGUUUGAGAAAUGUUACGAAUUGUAAAGUGAUAUUUUAUAGUGCUGUCUUUGAGAUAAUGCAAUGAACCGCAUCUUUUAUCAUGUAGGACCAGCGUGUUCCAGCAAAUAAUCGUGUUUCAAAUAAUAUUAAACUAAAGUGCAUGUAGGUUACUUGCUAAGUAGAUUUAUUUAUUUUUAAAAUGUACGCUAAAGGAAAGGGAUCAACAGUGCCGUCCGAUGCACAAGCUAGGGAAAAGUUGGCAUUGUACGUUUACGAGUAUUUACUGCACGUCGGUGCCCAAAAGGCUGCCCAAACUUUCUUAUCUGAGAUACGAUGGGAGAAAAAUAUAACGUUAGGAGAACCACCAGGAUUUUUACAUUCAUGGUGGUGUGUUUUUUGGGAUUUGUAUUGUGCGGCUCCAGAAAGAAGGGACACUUGUGAGCAUUCUUCAGAAGCAAAGGCUUUUCAUGAUUACGGUUUCGUAAAUUCUGGGUAUGGAGUAAAUGGCAUAGCACAUGGCAUGUUUCAGAACACAGGACCCGCUCCAAGUCCUUUGGGUCAAAUGCCGCCUGCUGAUGGCAUGCCAAGUGGUCCUUUACCUCCUGGAUUCUUCCCUAAUUCAACAUUACGUCCGUCGCCACCAACGCAUCCUUCAAGUCAACCCUCGCCGCAUUCACAACCCCCACCACCACAUUCACAAAUUAUGACAUCACAACCGUUUAUGGGCCCAAGAUAUCCAGCGGGCCCCAGGCCCGGAGUAAGAAUGCCUCAAAUUGGAAGUGAUUUUAAUGGACCGCCAGGACAGCCUUUGAUGCCGAAUAACAUGGAUCCUACGAGGCAAGGUGAAGGCGGAGAAUUUGUAGGUUGGCAAGGUCCACCAGCAGCUAUGAAUAGAAUGAACCCACCAAGGGGGCCUUCCAUGGCACCUUUAGGACCAGGUACCUACGGCCCAGGAUUGAGAGGGCCACCGCCUAAUAGUAGUUUAGGUCCAGGGGGGCCAAUGCCUCCUAUGACGAUGACAGGCCCUGGUGGACGACCGCAAUGGCAACCUAGCACGUCGACGCCGAUGAACUAUUCGUCAUCAUCACCAGGCAACUAUGGGGGACCUCCAGGAUCCGCAGGCCCCGCUGGCCCCGGCACUCCCAUCAUGCCUAGCCCUCAAGACUCGAGUAAUUCUGGCGGAGAGAACAUGUACACGCUAAUGAAACCCGCCGUGGGUGGCAACAUGCCAGGGGAUUUCCAGAUGGGGGGUGGGCCGGAUGGAUCGGGCCCCAUGGGACCCAUGGGGCCUAACUCAAUGGGACCGGUGUUAAACGGAGAUGGGAUGGACGGUAUGAAGAACUCCCCUGCCAAUGGUGGACCGGGUACGCCAAGAGAGGAUAGCGGAAGUGGCAUGGGGGACUAUAAUAUUGGAUUUGGAGGAGGCGAAAACGACCAAACGGAAUCGGCUGCUAUUUUGAAAAUAAAAGAGAGCAUGCAAGAGGAGGCCAAGAGGUUUGAGAAAGACUCGGACCACCCUGAGUAUUUUAUGCAAUAACUCCCCUCCCUCGCCUCUUGGGCUGGUGGACGCCUCUUCCUCUUCCUAACCUGUACUAACACGGGCGGUGGUGUGCUCAAUACUCAGCUCUUCCCUGCGCCAACCGACUUCACUAGUCAUGAGUGUUCUGUUCUGUUUGCAGAUAUUCCUGUGAGGCUGAGCUGAGAUAGAGCAACCCGACCUGACCCGGACACCAUUGGACAAUUGCAGUCGUUACGGUCCUUCAACUCCCAACCACUACUAGCACACCACAGAACCAGCCUCAAAAAGUAUCAGACACACAAGCCUCCAUCAUUCAAUGUCCACCAGCCUAGGCAUAGACUGUCAGGUAACGGGGGAAGCAAACUGACCAAGUAUGAGGAAAUUGAUUCUACUUCCUCUGAAGGUUCACAGUUCAAUCUUGGGCCUCCAUAUUAAACUUUUGUUUGUAUUAAGUACAGUUGUAUUUUUCUUUAAUGCAAUGUAGUAUACAUUUUUUAACAUGGAAAUGUCAAAUUUAAUUUAUAAAAUUAAUCUAAAUUAUUACCGAGAUGUCAGCUAUACAAUUUUCCUAUAACUGUGCAGUUUGUUUGGUAAAACCCUCUUACCUGAAAGUCUAUAUAAGGUUGGAUGUUUCACAGCGUUCUGUGUUGUCGUGUACUACUUGCAUGUGUCUACAUUCCUCCACGGGGCAGAUUAAAGUUGGCUGAGGUUAGGCCAGUUAAAAGCCGCUACUGGACAUCACAAACUGUAGUUUUAUAUAAAUUUUUACAGUAGAUUUUUAAGCGACUCUAAUCCGCCCCUGCCUGUUAUUUAUUUUCACCUCUAUGUGUACAUGCAAAACUUAAGUGCAAGGAGUUCUAUAAAGUUUCCAGUGUAACUAAACACAGAUUAUGUUCUUAAAUACUGUACCUUUUCCAUCAGAUUGUUUCGUAUCACUUUUACUUAAUUAAAAAUUAUGAUCUUGGACCGUAUUAGGGUAAGAUAAACGAUUAUUAUUUAUAAAAGUUUCUCUUAAAAAUAUAUACUUAAAUGAGUUAUUAGAAUAUUAAUUUUAUGGAUGUUUGUAUGAAAGUAUUGAUUGAUAUGUGAUAUGAAAAUAUUGUGAAAAUGUAUGAUUCAUUUAAUAUUGUUUUCUUUUUUGUAUGAUGGAUAAUAAAUAUUAAAAGUU